GACCGCAACUAUCUGCUUAUGGUGAAAAUGAUCACCCCUGGAUCCGGACGCAGAACAUCUGGACAACACAUCCCAGAGAGCCUUUAAGACGGAGGGAGCAUUGAGAAGUUCCACAGAGUUUGACUUCAGGAUGAGCUCAGCACAUGUUCUGCAGGCUCUGUGCCUGCUGAUGGUUUUCUCCACAGUCAGCGCUCAGCACGGCUACAUGCAUGAUACCGGUGAGGAGUGGGAGAAUAACUGGCGCAAGGGCUUCAACUUUCAGUGUCCCCAUGGUGAGGUCUUAGUAGCAAUCAGGAGUUACUUCAGUGAGAAAGAGGGCUCGGACCGCCUGUGGAACUUUGAGUGCCAGAGGACUCCCUAUGACUGGGGAGAGCCCAACGAAUGCUGGUGGGACGAUAUCAACAGAGCCGGGCUGGAAUGGUCCUCAGUUUGCACUAACAAUGGGCUGGUUGCUGGUGUGCAAAGUAAGUACUUUGAAGCGGUUCUGGAUCGAGAAUGGCAAUUUUACUGCUGUCGAUAUGCCCGCAGGUGCCCAUAUUCCUGCUGGAAGACGAGUGAUGUUCCAGAGUACUACAAAGAAGAGGGGGAGAUGGUAAUCCCCAGUUACGGCUACUUCAUAAGGGGUGCUCAAACUACUUUCAGUGGUGUACUGAGGGAUCGGCAGUGGAAGUACAUCUUGUGCCGAAUGACAGACUUUGAUUGUCAGUUUGAAAACUUCUAGAAUGCAUUCAUCACUUAAUGUCCUUAUUGACAACUCUGUGCUGAAAGAGCACAUGCACGCAACCACAUAAGCACUUAGAAUAGCACUCACUGAAAAUAUAUGCCAUUCUCCAUUUUUAAAUUAGCUUUAUAAAUGGUUUGCUCUGUAUAAACCUGCAUGGAUUGCCAUGUUUUCAUAUUUCGCAGUCAUUUAUGUUAUUUCUUAAAAUGUAAAGGACAAAAAAGGGAUAAAAACAUUUUUAUAUUUUUGUGUAUUAUGAAUAAGCUGCACAUGCAUUUAUAUCAUGCAACCAUGUAAUACACAGCAUGAAGUUAACAGUAGUUUGAACACUUUGAGUAUCACUCAACACUUAUAUAGCAGCAUUUUUGCUGACCAAUUCGAAUUUGAUUAUGAUCUCCAAUGCCUUUUUGAAUGGUUUUUGAAAAAGUCCAAAAUAUUUAUUUUGGUGUAUUUUUUUUUGUCUUCUUUGGAAAAAUGGGUAGAACUAAUAAA